AUGGCUGGCAUGUGGACUCUAACCCUGCUCUGUGCUUUGCUGGGCGCCGCCUCGGCUGGAGCCAUCCUCAGGCCCCCUGCAGUGCUCAAGUUGGGCCCAGAAGUCAUCAGAGACAGGCUUAUGGAGGAGCUGAAGAAACACAAUGCCAAAUCCAUCCUCCAAAAGCUGCCCCUGCUGAGUGCCAUGCGAGAGGAGCCAGCUGGGGGCAUCCCCCUGCUGAGCGACAUAAUGGGCUCCAUCAUGAAAUACAUCAUCGGGAUGAAGAUCAUCUCUGCUAACAUCCUCCAGCCGCGGGUACAUCCUUCUUCCUAUGACCAGGAGCUGGUCGUCAGGAUCCCCCUGGACAUGGUGGUUGGAUUCAAUACGCUGCUGGUCAGCACCUUGGUGGAGUUCCAUUUGAUGACCGAGGCCCAAGCCCUCGUGCGGAUAGAGAAAAGCGAGAAGGGUCCCAACCGCCUCGCCCUGGACUUCUGCUCCAGCAGUCAGAACAGCCUGAGCGUCAGUCUGCUGAAGAAGCUGUCCUUCAUGCUCAACCCCUUUGCCGACAAGGUCACAAACCUCCUGAUGCCAGCUCUGCCCAAAGUAGUGAACAAACAGCUGUGCCCGGUGAUCCAGGCUGCCUUCAACGACAUGUACACGGACCUCCUGACGCUGGUGCAGGCUCCCAUCUCCCUCAGCCCUGGAGGCCUGCAGUUUGACGUCCUGUCCCUGGGCAUCGAGCACGACAGCGUUGAAGUCCAGCUGAAGGCCGAGUUGCUGGACUCCAAGGCAAGGGUGACCCAGAGUUUCAACAGCUCCGUGGCUUCCCAGGGGGAGCCCAUUUGGGACGGAGCCCCUUUCAGCCUCACCCUGAGGCAGGACGUGGUGAACGCGAUCAUAGAGGCCAUGCUCCCUCAGGAGGAAUUCGUGUUCCUGCUGGGCUUUUCGUCUUCUCAUCUGGAUCGGGAGCUAAAGAAGGAGAUCCAGGAGAUCAACAAGACGGCUGCAGAGAAGCUGGAGCCCACCCAGAUGGUGAAGGUUUUCAUGCAGCAGAGCCCUGUGCUCCUGUUGAACCAGGACAGCCCCAAGGCAGCCCAACAGUUCAUACUAGACUUCCUGCCCAACAACAAAGAUGACCGGCCCUUCUUCUCUCUCGGCAUUGAGGCCAAUACUGAAGUUCAAUUUUACACAGAAAAUGAGCGACUUAGGAUCAACUUUAAUGAUAUCAGCUGUGACCGGAUCUCGCUGAUGAUCUCAGAUAUCGGCCUAUUCCACGCUGAACACUUGGAUGGCGUCAUCACCAAGAUUCUCAACUCACUGCUGUUGCCCAACCAGAAUGAGAAAAUGCAAGCCGGAAUCCCAAUACCACUGGCAAAGGCUUUGGGAUACAGUAGGGCCGUGUGGCGUGUGAUCGAGGACAGUCUCAGGCUGGCCCCGAUCUCCUCCUUCUGGGACCCUGCCUCUUUGUCCUUCUGGUGA